AGAGAAGUUAGAAAUUAAGGAUUGAUUUUCAACAGAUUUAAUUGUGAAUUUGAAAGUUGUGAAUAAUUUAAUUGUGAAAUUAAUGUGAACUCGAGUUGCGGACUAUUGACAAGUUAAUUAAAUACAAGGAACUAUUUGCGUUACAUAAAUCUGUGUUCGUGUUAAACAAUUAUUUAAAAUAUCCCGUACUUACAGAGUGGUUUAGCACUCCACGGGCAACUUGCCCGCCCUCUUUGAAUAAAAAUACAUAGACUGAAAAUCUCCACACAACACUAUAUAGUCGGGUACUAAAGUUCAUGAACAAAACACAUUGGAUGCAAGUGCAGGCUGUUCACGAACUUAAGUCCGCGACUGUACAUAGGUUGGAAAAAAAUCAGUAUGAGGCAAUAAGGACAAUCAUGGAAUAUCGGAGAAGCAUCCCCACUAAUAUAUUGUUGGGAGAAAGUAAACUCACAUCAAUGCAAAAAAGAGCAAAGUGUCUGACGAAAAACGUUUUAAUCAAGGUGAUGAGCAACAAGACUCUUCAAUUGUGUAAAACAAUUGAAGAGCACUGGGCAACCAGUAUUGAAAUAAAAGUGAGACAGAACAGACUCCUCCUGAGAGCCAUCACGGAAAUAAAUCCACUAGUAGAACAGCGUCAACGGGAGGAACAUUUCCAUGUUUAUAAAUAUUCAUGCGGUGAUUUGAUUACAGAAAUACCAAUUGACACUGAAAUGGGCUGUAGAAUACGGGACACUUGUAAUACUGAAGAAAUAGAGGAAAUUCUCUAGAAUUACUACAACACUGCUUAUCAUAUCUUCACGGAUGGCAGUAAAGUUGAGGGCAAAGACUCCACUGGGAUAUGGCGUGUGUCUGUCCCCAGCUGAAUGUUAGUAUAGCUAAAAAUAUUAACAUCAGGGCUUCAGUGUACACUGCCGAGUGGAUGGCGAUUAUCGAAGUUAUGAAUAUUGCACUCAAGCAUCUGAACAAGGACAUACACAUAUUCUCAGACUGCCUUAGCGCGCUACAGGUGCUGAAUCAUGUACAUUUAAACAUGAAGCCCAAUGAUUAUAUUCACCAAAUUGAAGAUAAAUAUAAUGAAUUUCUGCUGAAAACUGACCAAAAUCAUGUCAUAAACUUUCAUUGGGUACCAUCUCACGUGGGAAUUGCAGGCAACGAAGAAGCAGACAAAGUCGUCAAGGAAGCUACAGAGAACCCAGAAUCCGAAGUUUCCAGAAUACCUUUCACCGAUUUCAAAGAAAUAUUCCAACGGAAUACCUACGAACCGACAGUGCAAGAUAUCUGUGAAGAAGGGAUGGAGAAAGGCACAGAGCAUUUUGAUGACUUUUACAAAAAGAAUAAAAAAUCUUGGUUCUCGAAAUUUCCCAAAUUUAAACGAGAACAAAUAGUGUGGAUCAACAGAGCCAGGGCAAACCAUGUAAACACAGCCAGCUCAUUGUACCGAAUAAAUAUACUUGAUUCAAAGAGAUGCUCUUGCGAACAUCCAGAAGAGGAUUUAAACCAUAUUUUCUUCGAGUUCGAAGGCUUACUCCAGGUUCACUACUCAAAGAAGGAAAUUGAUGGAUCAUCUGAGAAGAUGGAUCGUGUUCCCAGUGCACAUCAACUCAAGACUUGUUUCUUUGGACCCUAGAGUUCUGAAAGCAAUGUGUGAAUUAUUGAAAGAGUGUGACAUACGUAUAUAAUUAUUGUUAUUUGAACAUGCUAUUAGUGUAAAAACGAAAAAAACCUUGUAACUCAGAUACACUUGCUAAUAAACCCGCCUUAGGGUUUCUAAAGCGUUAAUAAAAAAAAAUGGCUUGAA